ACAAAAAACAAUUCUGUUUUACGAGAAAACUAAGAAAUAUCUAGCCUUAAACGCAAGAAUCGUUUUACUGUUCCUUUCUUAAUAAGUGCAACUUAAAGGCACCGCGUAAUUGAGUAGUCCCUUCCUUGAUGACUGUCUUAAACGAACAGCGAUGUCGCCACGAAAACAGCCAAAUAGUUUGUUUAAAAUCUGCGUUAGAAACUGUAUUAGUUUAAUUAAUUCUGCUUGUUAUGUUAUUGAAGCGAAUAGUCCGGAGAAUAAUUUUCACGAAUGCGAGGCUGAGGCGAUCGCGCUGAAGUGCCAAUUGAUGUCGAUGCUUCCAGCCAGGUUAUUUGAUGUCCUCUGUUCUGAAAGAACAUGCUGCCAAUACCGCGGUGACCCUCGUGUUCAACUUCGCAUUCUGACGCACCCCAACCUCAGAGCCUUCCGUAAAUGUGACCUAGAUAACGGCAUUCCUCAGGCAUUCUGGAUACAAACCCUCCCCAACUUCAGCCGCUUAGUUAUCCUAGAUCUCAAGUUCAUUUGCACCGAUGAAAUACUCCAGGUUAUUGGAGUCAGUUGUCCAUUGCUAGAGGAAAUAAAUAUUGUGUCAAGGGUUGAUAUUUGUAAAUCUCUCUUCAAUGCUUCCGUACUCAUCAGAAAUGUCUCAGAUGCGGGACUCCGCUCAAUCGCAAACUUGAAACAGUUGAGGAUUCUCGCCAUGGAUCCACCGAGGAAUGAAAGGGCUAAUCGUGUAGGUCGAUGUGUAUCUCAAGCCGGGAUUAUAAUGCUGGUUAGUGAGCUUCCAUAUUUAGAGGAGUUAAGGAUAGAAUCUUGUGAUAUCGGGUCAACAAUGAUUGGUACAGUAGUGGACAUCGGGCCUUUGAGUCUAAGGAAAAUAAACUGCCAUUUUGCAUCAGCAGAUGGCAUCAGGAAGUUGAUUAAAAUUUGUCCUCGUCUCAAGGAGUUGUCAGUAACACAUUUGUCAGAGCAUGACAAAGAUGCUAUAUUGGAACAGAUAUCAAUUAGUGAUUUAAGGUUAAAUAGGUUGGAUUUGUCGUUUUUCUCCUAUUCGGAUUCUAUGCAGCAGCUUCUACAGGUUAAAGGUGUUUAUUUGACACAUUUCUCUCUAUGGGAAAUUGAUCAUUCAUUGACUUUAGAUGCUGUACUGUCUUUGGGAACUUGCUGCCCUAAUCUAUCAUCCCUCUGUAUAAUGACACAAUCUAAAUGUCUAGUUAUACCUAGAUAUUUUCGGCGGCCGAGCAAAAUGUUCUCCGAACUUCGAAAUUUAACGAUAGGCAACGAAAACUUUAACAUAGACCACAUAUUAACGUUUUUCCUUGAGUGCACUCAAAAUUUGCAAAAACUAGUGCUGAAAUAUCAAACUAAAAUCAAUGUGGAUCAGACGAUGCUGUAUUUGUUAGAAAAAGGUAGUUUCAGAAAUUUGAAUUACUUGUGGUUAGAUUGUACUCUAGAAGUAUCUAAGUCUGUAGUGAAGCAGAUAAUUCAAAGUUGUGAAAAACUGCAGAUGUUCACAGUGGACUUUACGGAAGACAUGAGUGAAGUUCACAGGUACAUCAACGAGAAUAACUUAGAUUUGAAGUUAGGUAGCUAUUGAGUAUUUGUAAUUAUGUAGUUUAUUUUAUAAUAAACUUUUUUUAUUCAAAAA